AUGCCGGAUCCGCCCGGCGCCGAUGCGCCCCCGCCCGAGGACCUAUUGGGUGGUAAUGGCGCGAGUGAUUCAUCACUCAACACGCAAACGCGUGAAGCGGUCACUGGAGGAACCGCGAAUCCUCCAGCUUGGUCGCCCGAGGCAACUCAGGUCCGGUUGGACCAUGAGAAGCUGAUGAAGAAGACCUUCCAAGUGCUCGGGAUUGUUCCCUCCAGCAAGUCGACCCGCCGACUGAUGGUCCUGAUGCACGACGCCUCGACCCCGCCUUCGCAGGCGCCAGCGCUCGCACGAGCCGCCCAAAGAGCGGUGCGAAACGACGCAGCCCCGGCCUCCAAUGUGAUUCGAGUCAUUAUGGAUGGUCCUGGAUCACCCAGAGGUCCUGUACAGACCGCGCUGCGCAAGCACUUUGGAUUGGCCGAGACGCCGUUCAUGUUCGCGCGGCCCGAGGGCGUCGUGCUUGACCCCGAGGUCGAGAAGCUUUUCUCGAAAUGCGUGAAGCUGAACCCGAUUGUGACGAAAGCCACGAAGAGGUUCCCGAUCGCUCGUCACAUGUACGAGCUUGUAUUCGAAUCCGAGCAAGCUUGUCUUGAAGCCGCUUCAGUGGGCCCAUUCCCCUACCACGGCAAGGAGAUGGUUACCGAGCUCCCCAGCGCCUCUCCCCUUAACCACGUCGUGCAGGUGCGAUUCACCUUGCCCUCCUCCUCCAGCGCGAUCCCCGCUUCCGUGCUCCGAAAAUCUCUCGAUGAUGCUAUCACCCUUUCGUUCGGCCGCGCAGGUCGCACGCAAGGUUAUACCCUGAUGCAAUUACAGCGGGGCCUCGCGGUCGAUCCGAAUGGCGAUCCGAUGGCCAUGACCGAAGACGGGUUCCACUGCGCGUACCUUCGCUUACAUGCUGAUCUUUUCCAAGGCUCCAUCGAGACGCAGAAGGGUGCGCUCAACGCCGCUUUGCCACAAGAGAUCGAGAUCCUGGGCGCCAAGUACGGCUUGCGACACGAAUUCGAGACGCACUACUGCGCGGUGUGCGAUCGCGCCGGACACCAGUGGGGCGCUUGCAGGAAGCCGGUUUCGACUCCGGCCACCGCCGCCCCUGUUCCGGGGGCCUCGACCUCGACUUCGACUUCGACCACCGGCUUCCGAGUUGCUGGAAAGAAUGGGAAGCACGGUGGGCCUGCCGCAUUGAACUCUCGUGUCUCUGGCGCGAACAUGAUCCAGCUGGGACCUCGUGCUAACCCCGCAGGUGCAGUAACCGCCAACAAGGACGACGCGAACGACGGCGACGACGAGUCGGUCGUUUCGACCGAACCGGAGGGCGGCGACACUGGGGAAGAGACGUCGACGCGUGCGACCCUGGGCUCAACAAAGGAGACGCAGACGACGACGGCGGCGCCCGUUUCGACCCCGACCUCUCCUUCGCCUUUGUCCGGUGGCACGUCGGGAUCAUCGGCAACCUCGACAACCUCGAUAGCCUCGACGAGUCCUCGACGCCUUCGUUCGAGCUCGGCACCCGGCAACCGACGUGUCACCCGGGCGGGAUCCGCCAUGAUCCUCGGUGCAUCAGGGGGUGAUGGCUCAGGGGGCAACAGUUCAGGGGGUCACAGGUCCGAGGUGACCGAAUUCGAGGGGGGCGGCGCUGAACUGAUUUAAUCAUGAUUGAGUCACUCACCGUGUUGACGUUCAACGUCCGAUCGAUGAAGAACGCAGUCAACCAAGUCAAAAUCAUCCGUUAUCUCAAAACCCUUCGGCCGGCCCCUGCGGCCAUCCUCCUGCAAGAGCACCACCUCAGCUACAACGCGUCGCGCGAAGGCUUCGAGAGUGCUUGGCCGGGGGCUUGUAUUCGUUUCACUCCUCAUGUCCUUACCCUCAUACCCGAUGGCUCACUUUUGGCGGGCCAUCUCCUUUCCUCUACCCCGGUCGUCUUUGCAGGAGCUCCUCGUUUCGACGGUCGGAUUCUGCGCUCGGUGUUUCGUCUUGAGGAGCUCGAUGUCGAGAUCACCAACAUGUACGCGCCGGUGCAGGAGGACGAUCGUCGCGACUUUUUCGGGCUUCUGCACUUCAACGCCCCGAGACCCAAGACUCUUCGGAUCUUGGCCGGCGAUCUCAACGAUUGUCCGGAUGUAUCGGUCGACCGAGUGUCCAUCACCGAUCGCGCUUGGACUCCUGUAUCGCACUGGCAGACCUUGCUGUCAAAGAUCGCGUUCAAGGCACUCGACACGGUCCGACAUGUCCAUCCUUGCACCCCUGCAUUCACUCGUCCUCACUACCGUGGUAGAGGGGAAGAGCGAAAGAUUUGCUCGUGGUCGCGGAUCGACUAUAUUCUUGUCCAAUGCAGUUGGGCGAACCGGUUGUUGAGCGCUUCUACGCUCUUCGAUGCGCCCUGUUCGGACCACAGACCUGUAGUUGCGACUUUCGCUUUGCCUACAUCGAACGCUGAUGCCGAACCCCCCCUUUCUCUUCCCUCCACGAGCGAUUUCAUUUCGAGGCUCAACCCAAUGGUCUUUGACGAUCAAGACUUUGUCACAUCGAUUCCCGGGGUCGUCGACGAGGUCUAUCAAAGGCUCGAGGGGACCGCUCCGCUCGGCGACGUCUAUGACGCCGCUCUGCGGGCGGUUGCAGUCGCUGGCCAUGCACGAUACCGCUCGACUCGUGCCGACAUGCGCCGACUGCGGGCCGAGAGCCAAUCCGUCAUGGAGGCUUUGGAGGCACGCGGUGAGCACAUGAAUGAGGCCGAGCGCGAUGCGUAUGCUCAUGCCAAGUCGCGGUUGGACCAGUUGGCGGUAAAGGAGGCUCAGUGGCUGCGCAUUCGUGCGCAUGUGCCGUCAGUCGACUCGAGGGAAGGUCAAUCGGCAAGCAUUCGCACGCGCCUCAACCGCCGGAGUCGCCAGACGAGCAUCGUCUCGCUGGAGGAUGUGGAUGGCACCGAGACCGUUGACAUGCAGGAGGCGCUGGGUAUUGCUUCACGGCACGCGCAGUCGCUCUUCACGCCGGACCCAGCUCGUGGCGACCCGACGAACGCACGCCGGUCCCUGCUCGACCCUAUUCGCGCAGCGAAAUGCUACGAUGACGACCGCUCGGACCCUACGUUCGGUCGUCGGCUGCCUCGUCAAGCGAGAGUGGCGCUUGACGAGCCCUUCACCCUCCUCGAGGUUGAAGCGGCGUUGAAGAAGACGGAUUCGGGGCGAUCACCGGGGCCCUCGGGCAUUCCGUACGAGCUCUUCAAGGCGCUGCCAACCUACUUUGCUCCCAAGCUGUUGGACUUGUUCAACUCGAUUUGGGAGGGCGGCAAAAUGACGGCGUCCUUGGCAGAGGGGCUGGUGCGGCUCUUGCCCAAGAAUAAACCGGGGGCCAAUCUGAAAUCACUGGGGGCAUACCGACCGAUCACAUUGCGCGAGACGACCUACAAGGUCCUCAGCAAGGUCUUGGUGGCGCGACUCAAUGGGGUGCUCGGCGAGCUUUUACCGCCGGCGCAACACGGUUUCAUGCCAUCAAGACGUUCAGCGGACGCGGGAAGUCAUCUCACUCUCCUUCUCGAAAAACUCAAGUCGCUAGGCACUGAUGUUUUCCCCGAGGGCGCCCUCUUGUCUUUGGAUCAGCAGAGCGCGUACGAUCAGGUCGAUCACGCCUGGAUCUUCGAGGUCUUUGAGGCCUCUGGGUUCGGUGAGCGUUUCAUCUCGCUGCUGCGCGUUCUCUACGAUCCCGAGACUCUGGGGGUGCGCUACCUUGUCAAUGGGUUCCCCACGGACUUGGUGCGGUUGCUGUGUGGUCUCGGUCAGGGGGAUCCCCUCUCGUGCCCGGUUUGGAACAUCACGUUCCAGCCCUUCCUCGACGCCCUCGUUCGGCGCGGGAUCGCGCUCGACCUGCAGAAGGUGUGGCCAGGGGGGCCGCGUGCGCAGCUUACGCAUCUGGCGUUUGCCGACGAUGCUGUGGUGGUGGUGGAGUCACCGGCGGCAUUGUCGAAGCUGCAAACGCUGUCGCAGACGUGGUACGAGGCUACCAACGGGAAGACCAACACGGACAAGACGCUGGUGCUACCACUCGGACCGAACUGGCUUCGGGACGAGACUGCGCAGGCGCUGCCAACGGUGCAGGAGGGGGAGAGCUUCAAGUGGUGCGGCUAUGCCUUCUUUCGCCACGGUGACUCGAAACUGUUUUGGACCCAUGUUCUUGACAGGAUCAAGGCCAAGGCCCGCACCGCUCGAGACCGGACACUUUCGCCGAGUGGGAAGGUUUUCUAUGCCAACGCUCACAUCAUCUCGACGGUCCUCCACGUGCUGUCCUUCGACAUACCGCCUCAAUGGUUCAUUAAGGCGGCGGAGACGGCACUUACGGACUUUGUCUGGGGAGGAGCAGGGCGAAAUACCGUCGCUCGCGAUUUCGUGUUCCAGGCUCGGGAGGACGGUGGCUUGGGUUUGAUUUCGAUUGGCGACAUCGUUCAUUCGGUGGCGCUUCGAUUUUGGGAUGCUGUGGCGGGCUCGGACGAGGCGAUCUGGGCGCCCCUAGCUCGCGAGAGCUGGAGGUCCCUCGUCGCUGCGACCCGCGAUUUCAGUCCGUGGGGGUUCUUCAGCAGCACGGCUCGGGUCGAGAAGCUGUAUCGCGACUCGACGCGCUGGGGGGCAGUCGUUGCAGCGGCCAGGGUCACAGUUCCAACCAUCAAGUCCGAACUCCUUACGCUUCCCGAAUUGCUCUCGCUUCCGCCUCGCCUCCCUUCACUCUAUGCUGAAGGUGCCCAGCACGCAUAUGACGAUGCGGACGCGGUGGCGAAGUUUGCGCAGAUCGCGGACCUGUACUGGAGGGACGAAGGGAAGGGAUGGGCUCUGGUUGGUCAUCGACGCGGGUUCUGGCAGCACUCUAAGGAACCCGCCCUACAGCACGAGCACGUGUGGUCGCGCGUGGGUCAGUUGCUCAAGGCGAAAGCGUUGCUGCCCAAGACCGCGUUGCGACCUGCUCGGAUACCUCUCAAGGAGGCUCCCCGUCCUCGGUGCUUCAACUUCUUUGGGCUCUCCCGACCUUUUACGAUUCGCAAGCUUCGUCGGCUUGUGAACAAGGUGCGGUUCCCAGGGAGGGAGGACCGUGUCAAGCGUUUCCCUGAUGGGACUUCUCAGAGCGAUAGGAAGCGCUUCUGGAGAUGGCUUCAUGACCGGUUCGCGUCUGCUGUCGAGCAGGACACCCACUGGCGGCUCAUGUACGACGUGACGCCGACGCGCAAGAGGCAGCAUACUCAGGGUCAUGCCUCUUCGCCGACGUGUCUGUUCUGUGGCAACGAUGCAGCGGUCAUCGAGACGGUGUCCCACUACUUUUUCGAGUGCGCGUACUCGACCAGCUUCUGGGGUGGGGUGCUACGCAUUCUGCUUGACAAGCUCGGCAUCGAGGAUACCGACGUCGAUCCGUCGACGUUCACUCCGGAGCAGCUGACUAUGGGGCUCCCCCUUUUGCGGGGUCGUGGGAGAACGACCUCGAAAUGGAUGUGGGUUCGGCUGGCCUGCGCGAUCGGUUUCCAGCGGCUGCACCUGCUCCGCUGGCGCGUUCAUCAGCGGUUCGAGCUGGACAACGUCGUGGCCCCUCCCUCGCUUCCCAGUGCGCUCAGAGCGUUCGAGCGAGAUUUUCUCUCUCGAGCGGGUUUUGUGCCUGGGGUUCGAGAUUGGGAGGUGUGAUGACCGAGUUAAGUCCUUCCUUCCCAUUUUCCUCCCCUCCUUUCCUCCCUUCCUUUUCGGUCAGAAGCUGACUGUCUUGAAACUUGUUGCGCAGUGGAAGGCUGCGCACCUCUCCCUCUCUCUACUUUGUGCAGUAGCGGUUUUCGUUCUUGGAUGGAUCGGCAAGCCGGGUCGAUCGUCGUUGCGUUGGAGGCUUUGUGAAGUUCUCCCCUCUCUUUCCCCCCUUUUCUCCCUUCUCUUCCUCAUCUCGUUCCUGUUGCUCGGUUGUUGACUACGCUUCAGCCACUUCUCCUUUUAUUCCUAAGCCGUGUGUUGGAUUCCGUCGAAUAGAUCGUUCGUUCGCGUUGGUCAAGAUCUACGGCAUGGAUCGGGAAGAAAGGUCGCUCGUUUUUUUGGUCAAUAUCCUCGCGUCAAGGCGAGGCUUGUUUCGUUGUAUUGGAUCGUUUUCGCUCGGCCCCGACGGCUCAACAGCCAGCACUCGAGACUCAGCCAAGGGAGGACAUCAGGCGCUGUCGGGGUGACGAGUAG